UAUGGUUCUGCCGGGCGGAGGGGGCUGAGGGAAGCCGCAGCUGCAGAUUCGCUCUGCGCCCCGGAGCCUGGGAUAGCGCCGCCGUCACCGGGGAGCUGCUCGCUUCCCGGCCCGGGCCUCAGCGCAGCCGGCUGGGCCAUGGCAGCCGCCGCGCUCCCGGGCCGUCGCUGAACAGCCGUUAAGCCCCCCGCCCGGGACCCGUCCGUACUGCUGCGGCCCAGGCUCCGCUCAAGUUUCCGCCCAGAAGCCGAGGCGACCGCGGGCGCCGAGCUCCAGGCUCGCCCGCUCGCCCGCUAUGUGGGGCCGUUUCCUGGCCCCGGAGGCUGGCGGCCGGGACAGCCCCAGCGGGGCCCGCAGCUUCCCUGCGGGCUCGGAUUAUUCAUCACCAUGGUUACCUGGUAAUGAAUCAUUAUGGCAGGCCACAGCUGCUCCAUCUAACCAUCGAAAUAACCAUAUCAGAAGACACAGCAUAACAUCUGAUAGUGGAGAUACUGGCAUUGGCACUUCCUGUUCUGACAGCGUGGAAGAUCAUUCAACUUCAAGUGGCACGUUAUCGUUUAAGCCGAGUCGUUCACUGGUCACCCUUCCCACUGCCCAUGUGAUGCCAUCUAACUCCAGUGCUUCAGUUUCCAAACAUAGGGAAUCUCUAACAUCAGAUGGCUCUAGAUGGAGUACUAGCCUCAUGCAGACACUGGGAGACCACAGCAGAGGGGAGCGGGACUCCUCCCUAGACAUGAAGGACUUCAGGCCCCUGCGGAAAUGGUCAUCUUUGUCCAAACUUACUGGCCCGGAUAGCCGCACCCAGAGUGGCUUUGCAUGCACGCCAGAGUUGAGGAAUGGCUUGGAGAUGACGGGGAAGGGGAAGGCGUUCAUGUCCCACUUACGGACCUUUGGGCCGAGCUGCUUACAUGACAGUAUGGAGAUGCUCAAGCUGGAAGACAAGGAAAUAAAUAAAAAGCGGUCAUCAACUCUGGACUGCAAGUAUAAAUUUGAGAGCUGCAACAAAGAAGAUGUCAGAGUCUCUUCGUCCGCUCUCAGGAGACAGACUUUAGACAUGACAUACAGUGCCUUACCUGAGAGCAAGCCCAUUGUGACAGGCUCAGAGACUUUUGAGUCUCCAAAGUAUUUAAUGCUGGGCCAGCAGGCAGUAGGUGGAGUUCCCAUUCAACCUUCUGUGAGGACUCAGAUGUGGCUUACAGAGCAAUUACGGACAAACCCAUUGGAAGGCAGAACCACAGAGGAUUCUUACAGUUUAGCUCCUUGGCAACAGCCACAAACCGAAGAGUUUCAGCAAGGAAGUGAGACACCAAUGCAGGUUUUGACUGGAUCGUCUCGUCAGAGUUAUUCACCUCCUGGCUUCCAGGAUUUCAGUAAAUGGGAAUCAGUGCUGAAAAUAAAAGAAGGACUUCUGAGGCAGAAGGAAAUUGUAAUUGAUAGGCAGAAGCAACAAAUUAACCACCUACAUGAAAGGAUAAGGGAUAAUGAACUGCGGGCCCAGCAUGCUAUGCUCGGACAUUAUGUGAACUGUGAAGACUCCUACAUGAGUAACUUACAGCCUCAAUAUGAGAGCAGUUCAGGCCAGACUCCAUUUACAGAGCAGCCAUUGUCCCAUCCGCACCAAGAAGAACUUGAGCAAAAGCUAGCAUCUACCGAGAAAGAAGUUUUGCAGCUCAAUGAGUUUCUCAAACAAAGAAUAAGCCAAUUUAGUGAAGAGAAGAAGAAAUUAGAGGAAAAGCUGAAAACCAGAGAUAGAUACAUCAGCAGCCUGAAAAAGAAAUGCCAGAAGGAAUCUGAGCAAAACAAAGAGAAGCAGAGGCGAAUUGAGACCUUGGAGAAGUACCUGGCAGAUCUUCCAACUCUAGAUGAUGUCCAGAGUCAGAGUCUACAGCUUCAAGUUCUUGAAGAAAAGAACAAGAAUUUGCAAGAGACUUUGAUAGACACAGAGAAGAAGCUUGAGGAGAUUAAGAAGCAAUGUCAAGAUAAAGAAGUACAGCUACUGUGCCAGAAGAAGAAGGAAAAGGAGCUGGUAACUUCCGUCCAGAGCUUACAACAAAAAGUAGAAAAAUGCCUUGAAGAUGGAAUCCGCCUUCCCAUGUUAGAUGCCAAACAGCUUCAGAGUGAAAAUGAUAAUCUCCGAGAGCGGAACGCAGCAGCCAGUAAGAUAAUAGAGAGCCAGCAGGAUGAAAUUAACAGAAUGAUUUUAGAAAUUCAGUCUAUGCAAGGGAAACUUUGUAAAGAGAAAUUGACUGCACGGAGCACUGUGGAAGAGCUAGGAAGGAAAGAAGGAAACCUCCAGAGGUUGACAGAAGCACUGUUUGAAAACCAAAGACAGAUGGGAGAGACAUACUCUUUACUGGAUCAGGGCCAUGAAGCAGAGCAGUCUAGGCCACAGGCCGUUCCUAAGUGGCCUCUCUUUGAUUUGACUGUGAUUGAUCAGCUGUUCAAGGAAAUGUCGUAUUGUUUGUUUGACUUGAAAGCAUUGUGUAGUAUUCUUAAUCAGCGAGCUCAGGGCAAGGAGCCUAACCUCUCACUGCUGCUGGGAAUCCGAUCAAUGAACUGUUCAGCUGAAGAGACUGAAAAUGACCACAGCCCAGAAACGCUCACUAAAAAGCUCUCGGAUGUGUGCCAGUUACGGAGGGACAUCGAUGAAUUGAGGACUACAAUAUCAGACCGCUAUGCUCAGGACAUGGGAGACAACUGUGUUACCCAGUGAUCAAGUGUUGGUCCACAGCAACAACGAUCCAUUGUGAAAUGCUGCUGUGUCACACUCCUUUGUUUCUCUUUAGGAUGCACAAGGGAAAGAUGAAGCUCCUGCCAUGCACUUCAGCUUUGCCGUUGUUACACACGCUUUCUGAAGGAAGUUUUAAAGGGACUGAUCAAAUCAGGCAAAUCAAUCACGUUACUAAAGUCUGCAAGAAAAAGAACAAAAUAACCUGUAUUUUCAAACUACUGAUUGUAGGACCAAGCUGUGAACAGGGCCCUUCAGAUAAAGGUGUAGGACUUCCUUUACUCCUAUAAUUUUGUGUAUAUACAUGUGAGUGCUCAUUCAUUCUCUCACUUGCUCACUGUCUGUCUGUCUGCCUCUCUGUCCAUCUCUCUGUGUGUGUGCAUGCCCAUUCAUGUGCAUUAGCAUAUGCAUGGACUUUAUCCACAAAAUAAUAGGAUUUCAAAGGUCAAAGCAAAGCUUUGAAAGAAACACACUAUUCCUCACUUUGCAAAGAAGCAUGUAUUACAUUUUGGAAUUUGUAUUGGCAGGCCCACUAGAUCCAGUACCAAGGUGGUGUUAUAAGUAUGAGGACAGCAAUCAAAAUCAUCUGUGUUUCAGAAAGUGACAGUUCUGAGAUGUGUGGUGGAGAAAUCAGCUUGAUGCUGGCCCUGAACACAGACCGGCUAUUUUUUUCCAGAGUGGUUAUAGAUUGUGUUAGCAGUAUGUAACUUCAAUGUGAUGAUAUUUUCAUUGGCAUUGUAAUUUUGAUAUAAGAAAAUCUAAGUAAUUGCAAUUAAUUUCAGCCCUCCCUUACUAUUUGCAAUUUUUAUUUAUAAUAUAUAUGCAAGUAGAGCCAUAUAUAACUAGUUGAAGGCCUCUGGGGCUUCCAUGACUAUUAUAAAAAGAAAGAUGAUAGCAUAAGUUGGGCACAGUUGCUUUUUAUCCACAUUUCAGCAUUUAUAUUUGAAUAGUGUUGUGCCUGAAUUAGUUAAACCACUUUAAGAGAAAACAUAUGAAUUAAUAGUAGCAUAAAACCAUACUUAAAUCUCAAUGAUAUUUUAAUUUCUUUUAUUGUAUUUAUUACAUUACAUCAGUUUGUCACGGAGUAUGAAAUUGCUUAGGUUAGUUCACCUGGAGCACAGGGUACUACUGUGUAACUCAGCUUCACCUGAGCAGAUACACAGUCACCUAAACUUCAAAGACGUAUCGUCUCAUACCAUUUGGUUUGUUUAGAAAGAUUAUGUAUUUUACUGCAGCCAGAUUUCAUUAUAAUGUUUUCAGUAUGGGCAUAGCAUUGUUCUAUAAAUUGGUUUGGCUCUGUCUUUCUCUCUCUCUCCUCCCUCUGUCCUUCCUUCCCAUUUUUUUUCCGGAAGGACUACAGACAUGAGAGAGUAAAGGAACCCUCUCUACUGCAGGUGGAACCUGCAAGGUAGUUCUGCCUACUGAGAAUGAACAUAUACCAGUUUUCUUGCUAAACUUAUUCUGGUAUAAAGUUUUCACCUAGGAAAGAUUUUUCUUAAUCUCAAUAGGAAGACUUAGUGGAACAGACCCUUGAGGAGAAUGCUUAGGAGGACACUCAGUUCAGAAUGGGCCUGUAUUCUGCUGUCCAUAGUCACUUGAUAGGUAUAUUUCAAUAGAUCCUUAUACUAAAUCAUAGUGACAGAUUUGCCUUCCAUUUAGUGUUAAAUCCACCCUUCUCCUCUUGGGAUCUGGCCACUAAUAAAUCAGUGUAUUUGGAUGAUUCUGCAUUCCAACUCUCUAACCAGACAGGAAUUAGCCACACUGAGAAUUUGGUACUUUAAUGAUGUGUUCAUUGGGUUUUAAGACUAGUACUUUGAGGACAAUCAAGAAAUUGAUUAUUGCAAAAAAAUAUUCCUUGAAGAAAGUAUGUCUGCAUAGAUGGUCCCAAGCUGUAAAGUCAGAUACUGGUAUCUACAUGACUCAACUGCAGGGCAGCAACUAACAUGCUUACCCUCUCUGUGGAUAGAGUUAUCAUCAUCCGGUGGUGAUUGCAGACAUAAAGAUGCCUAAGCCUAUAGCACGAACGAGCAACCACUGCUGUUUUGUGUUAACAGCUUUUUCCAUCUCCAGAGUCCUGGCUUUUUAGUUUAUGUUUUGACACUUUACAGUUACUGUUUUUAAAACCAAUUUAUGGUCAUAUAUUUUAUUAUGUAUAUAUGUGUGUGUAUAUGUGGAGUGAGACAUAAACAUACACACCCUGUUUUCUGACCACUUGCAAUAAAUAAAAGAAUUUUAGUUUUGUCUAGUUUUCUAAAACUUAAAGAAUUUAAUUCACAUAUCUUAGAGUAAAAUAUUUAACCAAGAAAUUAACAAAGUAUUAUUGAUACAUGUCAAUUUCUAAAUUGUUUAGUACCACUUAAAAGGCUUUUGGCUAGUCUUGAUAUAUGGAUUACAAAUACUAAUCUCUAAUAAGAGUCUAGAAUUAACAAAGGGCUUUGACACAUAGUCAGCUUUGGAGGGGAUUUUGGGGAAACUGGAACUGGUUGUGUUUUAGUCAUGGUUUUAUUUUUCAAAAACAUCUUUAAGAUACACCUUGUUAGAACAGUAAUAAUAUAUCAUAUUGAAAGCAAACAUUCAUCAUUAGGUCAAGGAAGAUGGCAUAGCAAUUCUACAGUGUUAAAACCCCAUUUUGAAGUUGGGGAUAGGUUGAAGUUACUACAAUGGCAUAUGCCUAAAAUAAAAAGGAACUUAAAUUUUAAAGUAAAUCUAUCUGUAAAUUUCCAUACUCAUGAACUUUUGUUUCGAUUAUGCUUUUGUGUAUCAAGCCUUUAACCUCCUAGGAAAUGUUACACAGUAUUUUAUUUUUAGUCUGCUCAAGCUGAGCCGUUCUAACACAGCCACAUAGAACACAGGUAGAUUGACAGGUGCCGUGGGGAGACGUGGUGCCGGGAACAUGAGCUGAGUCCAGGCCACAAUAAUGCCCUGACUUUGUAUUUGAUGACGGAUUUAAAAUAGUAAGUCUUGAGUAGGCAAAACAUGCAUUUUGUUUUUAAGAGCAUAGUCUCUUUAAAUAUUUGGAAUAAGAUUCAUUGUUUAAUGUUAACAUUAUAUCUUAGGAAUGAUUGUGGGGUCGUAAUUUUGAGAAACUGAGUUUAACUUUCAGAAGCUUGUUAGAAAAGUCCAAGAGCUAGAACAUAUUGCUCAAAGGGCUGUUGGACAGUUCUAACCUGGAAGCUUGUGUCCAGUACCAUCCUUGUUUCUGACUCGGUAGGAAUCUCUGCAAGUAUAAUUGUACAAGGGACUGUUUCAUUAAGGGUGUUCUUUUAAAUAUCAGUAAUAGUUCAUUGAGCAGCAGGAGCGAAUUAAGCGAGUGGACUGUUUUACACGGUACCGCUGAACUCAAGUGCUCCUCUGGUUCCGUGACUGCAUAUGUCGUUACAGUGAUAGGGUGUUCUCUGAAUGAGCAUGCAUAGCAGGCGACAGCUGGAGCCACCUUGUGCCCCCUUUUGUUCUGUUUCUGACAGUGGUCAUAAGCCAAGAGAAAUUCUCUAGGUAUAAAGCAUAAACCUUUCAACUUCACCCCCCAAAAACAUUGAUGGUAAUUGCUAUAUGAAUGUAUCAUACAUUUAAUCAUGAAAGGGAAGGAUUUGAGCUUUCUUAAAGGAAAUAUUGAAUAUAAUAGAAUGUACUUUGAAAUCAAUAAGUCAUCGGCAACACCGUUGCAGCUGCAUACAGAGAGAACCUUUUGUGCCUUUUUGCCUGCAGUGUUUAUUUCUCUUACAUGAUCUAUAAGAAUGUUGAUUAUUGCACCUUGUUCUUUGGUAAAUAGACUUAAGAAUUUUUCAAAAAAGAGCCAUUUCUUGUUAGAUGAUAGAGCUACCUUAGGAAACAUGAGGGAUGUAUCAUAUUUGUAUGUGUUUGAAGUCCAGCCUUUUCUAUAUAGAGAGCAGGAAAUUCCUUUUAAGUGUAUUCAUUUGUGUAUGUGUGUAUUUAUAUAUAUUAUAUAUGUAGCUAUUUAAGUAUUUACGCGUGAAAUGGAGCAUCAUGUUGGUGUGGUGACCAGAAGUAGAGGUGCUAGACGGUCACAUUAAAAGCACAGCAGAGUGUGCAAUCAGUCACUGACUGGUAGGUCUGUAAACUAGGUUCAGUUUUUGAACCACAGAAUACCUCAUGUGUAAAUACAGUGUUUAUGACUUAACUGAAAUACAGUUAUUGUAAAAAAAAAUGUGAAGCCACUGGCUGGCUUAUGCCUUCUGAGUUUUUGUUUUUACCUCCUUUUUGGAAAGGAGUUGUUUCUGUUUUGUUAUUUUUUAAAUAGGGUUUACAGCUAGAAAUUUGAAUGCCAAAGUUCUAUUUAUUAAACUAAGAAUAAAGUUUUCAAUGUUAAUGGCUAGUAUUUUUCCACUGGAAUAUUGUUUGUUGAUGUUGGAAUUUGUAUUUACA